CUCAAAUGUAAAAAAGAUACGGAGAACAUCGUUCUUCAUUUUAGCCCGAAAGUAAACAAAAGGAAAGAUACGAAGUUCUUAACAAAUUAUUAUUAUGUACUUGAUUUAAAAGAAGUAAACAAAUACAAUUUGAAAAAUUGGAAGGGGACAACAAUGGUGAAACAGACUCGACACGUUCUCAUCGGCUUGGACGGUUCCGAUUGCAGUAAACAUGCUUUGAAAUGGGCUCUCGACAAUGUAGUACGGGACAAAGAUCUUCUCUUCCUAGUUAUCGCAUUUCAGCCGCAGCUCGUGCCCUUAGCUCUUGGUCCAGACAUGGAGGUACAAUUCACCAAUCCCCCAGACAACGAAAUAGAGAAAAUGAUGUCACAGUGCAAUGACUACCUAGAACAGAUUGGAACUGAGGUCAUAGGAGAGCGUUCGAUUGAAUAUAAAUUGCUCAGUUUACAAGGAGAUCCUCGGGAUGUCUUCCCGGCUGUAUGUGAUAAGGAGCAAAUUGAUAUGGUUGUUGUGGGAUCUCGCGGCAUGGGAGCCAUCAAACGGUUACUUGUCGGAUCCGUGUCGGAUGCACUAGUGCAUAACUUGAAGGUUCCUGUGACUGUAGUACACCCUCCGGAAACUAAUGAAGCAAAACAGAUGUGACAGGAAAAACCAGCAAUAUUUAGUAAGCUAGAGAAACAAGCCGUAUACACGCCAAUAAAGUAUGGCAAUUAUAAUAUUUAUGUCUACUCCUCAAACAAUUCGAAAAUUGUUUGAAAAUAUCAAAUAGUCAAAUAGAAAGCCAUAGAUAAUUGAACCCGCUACGAACUACAUACGAUUGAACGAUAAAUCCGAGGUGAACAUUAUCGUGUCACCUAUGGUGACAAAGGUAUUUAGCUAAUGAUGUUAGAAGGAUCCUUCCUUUUUAUGACUUUAUGAGCACAAACCACAAGGGAACCGAACCACUCGCAGCCGCUACAGUUUAGAUCAAAUGACAAAUCAUGUGCACGACUACGCAUAUUAAGUCAAAAAUUGUAGUGUUUGACUCAUAAUUUUUCAAAAAAAGAAAAAGGAGUCAGGACUCAGGACGCAGGACUCAGGAGUGAGACUGAGCUAUGCUCGCACAAGUGACAACAUAAAACAAUAACAUUGGACGGAGGAGAACGUUACCGGGGAUUAUACUCUUUACAUUGAUCCAGAGCCUAGAGGCAGAGGUACGUAGAAUUUAUAUGAUUCGCAUUCUUCAUAUUGACGAGUAAUAAAUUCAUACUUAAUCCUAUACCGAUCGAACUAUUGGCCUAUAAGUGAUACAUGUCGCAGUGCCCUUGCAUGGCUGCAUCUCUAUCCAAUCAAUCGAUUUUGAUAAAUGCCGUGUUCUAUUGGUCUCC